GUUCUGUGUGUGUGAGACAGAGAGAGAGUGUUCUGUGUGUGUGAGACAGAGAGGGUGAGUGAAUGAAUGAGAGAGUCAUUUUCUUCGUGGUGGUCAACAGAAACGGGACACGCACUCACCACCUCCGCUAUGUUUUUUUCAGAAUUAUUAGUCUGCUGCUCGUCUGCUCUGUUGGAGCUUGAUGCCGCUCGCUCCCCUCCUGAAUCAACAGCAGCUCCUCCUGCUCCGCUACAACAUCCGAGUCAACCGACGGCGUUGACACAUUAAAGAAAGUUGACGCUGUGUUCACGAGCUUCUAGUGGCAAGCCUGGAUAGAUGGAUGACACAUAUAAGGAGAGCAGAUUCCUCUCUUUACUUUUUUACCAAGCUGUUCGGGACCAUAAACCUGUAUGGAUGUUGGAGGACAUGCGCAACAGGGAGAUAUUUCACUGGGAAGAAGACACCCGGCACCAGACAUACACUCCUUCUGAAGCACUUCUGUAUGCUAUCGUGCAUGACCACCGAGCUUACGCACAAUAUUUGCUGAAUCAGUUCUCAGACGGGGCUCUUGCAAUGCCAGGCGACUCUUUCUGCUGCUGUCCAUCAUCUGCGCCACACUUGACCAUGGCUGUCCACUAUGACAGGAAGGCCAUUAUGGCUCUCAUCCUUCAGGUGGCACAUACAAUGCCCACUCUGUGUUCAUACAUGAACCGAGGUGGUUGCAAACAUCUGGAGAAUGGCAAAACUCCACUCCAUCUGGCAUGUGAACUGUCGCAUGCAGCAACCAUCGUAAUGUUAUUGGGACAUGGUGCUUCACCACAAGCUGAGGACCACGAUGGUAUGACACCACUGGAUCUCGUCCUCAAGCAGCUCUGGACCACCAAAGUGAACACAGGUGCCAGAAUGUUGUGCCUUGAGAGCUUGCUCAUGUUCAUGCCUGAGUUGCGGUUCAACAUGAAGAGCUCACUGGAAAAAGAUCCACAGCGCUGGUCCAAAGUACUGGGAGAGGAGAUGUUUAACUAUCUAAUCACAAAAAUUCCAGGAACAAUCUUUCUUAUGGCUAUGCAAAAAGUCCUGUCUCAAUUGCCUCCGAAAGAAUUUCCAAAAAGUCUGGACAAACUGCCCAUUCCAACUUUUCUGAAACCCAUCACAUAGACCUGAACACAGACCUGGCCUGCAUCCUACUGAAAUAGACUUUGAAAAUGCUUUUUUAUUGUUGUUAGUUAGUUAGUUAGUUAGUUAGUUAGUUAGUUAGUUAGUUAGUUAGUUAGUUAGUUAGUUUUUCCAUUUGUUUGCUUGUGACUGGCAUGAAUUUGACGUGU